GCCGAAGGGGACUGUUUGCUCCUACGGGCUGUAGAUGGAGCUGUCCGGCCCCGGCGAGGGGGAAGGCGCCUGGAAAACGUUCUUCUUCUCCCUGGCCGGCCCGAGCGGGGAACAGCACUCCCAGGAUGCAGUUUGUGUCAACACGGCCGCAGCCUCAGCAGCUGGGCAUCCAGGGCCUGGGGCUGGACAGCGGGAGCUGGAGCUGGGCGCAGGCGCUGCCCCCGGAGGAGGUCUGCCACCAGGAGCCGGCGCUGCGCGGGGAAAUGGCCGAGGGAAUGCCGCCUAUGCAGGCUCAAGAAUGGGACAUGGAUGCCAGGCGACCCAUGCCUUUCCAGUUCCCACCCUUCCCAGAUAGGGCACCCGUCUUCCCUGACCGCAUGAUGAGAGAGCCCCAGCUGCCCACAGCCGAGAUCUCUCUCUGGACCGUGGUGGCAGCCAUCCAGGCCGUGGAGAGGAAGGUGGAUGCCCAGGCCAGCCAGCUGCUAAAUCUGGAGGGACGGACUGGGACGGCUGAGAAGAAGCUGGCCGACUGCGAGAAGACGGCCGUGGAGUUCGGGAACCACAUGGAGGGCAAGUGGGCCGUGCUGGGCACCCUGCUGCAGGAGUACGGGCUGCUGCAGAGGCGGCUGGAGAACAUGGAGAACCUGCUGCGGAACAGGAACUUCUGGGUCCUGCGGCUGCCCCCGGGCAGCAAGGGGGAGGUCCCUAAGGUUCCAGUGACUUUUGUCGACAUCGCUGUUUACUUCUCUGAGGACGAGUGGAAGAACCUGGACGAAUGGCAGAAGGAGCUUUACAACAACCUUGUUAAGGAGAACUACAAAACCCUGAUGUCCCUGGACGCAGAGGGUCCGGUGCCCAAGCCAGAUGCUCCAUCCCAGGCUGAGCCCCGGGAAGAGCCUUGCGUGUGGGAGCAGAGGGACCCAGAGGAGAGAGAAGUCCUGAUGGAUCCAGACACAGGCGCAGAGCCCCUGGUGUCCACGCAGGACGCAUCCUCGCAGGUGAAGCGGGAGGAGGCCCUGUGCGUCCGGGGCCAGCGGGGCCUGGAGGAGAGAGCCAUCCCCACAGAGUCCAUUUCUGACUCACCAGCUUCAGCCCAGGACCUCCUGUCCCGGAUCAAACAGGAGGAGCACCCGUGCGUGUGGGAUCAGCAGGAUUUGGCGGAGAGGGAUAUUCCAACGGACCCCAACUCAGAGUCUCUGAUCUCCGCACAUGACAUUUUGUCGUGGAUCAAGCAGGAGGAGCAGCCGUACCCGUGGGGCCCACGUGACUCCAUGGAAGGAGAGCUCGGGUUAGAUUCUGGCCCCGGUGACAGCCUGCUGAUGGUGAAGAACCCACCCCCGGCCCCACCGCCGCCCCAGCCCGCUCCGCAGAGCCUGCCCCCACUGCCGGCGGCCCCCGAGAGCGCGGGCGGCCCCCCGAGCCGCGGCGGGGGCGGGGGCGGGGGCGGGCUGCUGGACGACGGCUUCCCCGCACUGGCCGGGGAGCGCGGCGCGGGCGGGGCGCAGCCGGGCGGCGAGGGCGGCGGCGGGGGCGCAGGCGGUGGUGGCGGGGGUGCGGCGGGCGCGGGCCCGGGGGGCGGCGGGGGCGGCGGCAGCCGCUGCCCGGGCGGCCUCCGCCGGAGCCUCCUCCUGCACGGCGCGCGCAGCAAGCCCUACUCCUGCCCCGAAUGCGGCAAGAGCUUCGGCGCGCUCAGGAGCCUCAUCAUCCACCACCGCAGCCACACCAAGGAGCGGCCGUACGAGUGCACCGAGUGCGAGAAGACCUUCAACUGCCACUCGGGUCUCAUCCGCCACCAGAUGACGCACCGCGGCGAGCGGCCCUACAAGUGCUCCGAGUGCGAGAAGACCUACAGCCGCAAGGAACACCUGCAGAACCAUCAGCGGCUGCACACGGGCGAGCGGCCCUUCCAGUGCGCGCUCUGCGGCAAGAGCUUCAUCCGCAAGCAGAACCUGCUCAAGCACCAGCGCAUCCACACGGGCGAGCGGCCCUACACGUGCGGCGAGUGCAGCAAGAGCUUCCGCUACAAGGAGUCACUCAAGGACCACCUGCGCGUGCACAGCGGCGGCCCGAGCCUCGGCGCCCCGCGGCCCCUCCAGGCGCCGCCAGAGCGAGACUAGGGCUGGGCCAGGGCUGGGCCGGGGGAGGGGAGGGCCCGGCCACAGGAGCGGGGG